AUGAUACCAAACCAAACAAGUGGCCGUGAAAGUAGGGUCAGUGAUGAGGAUAUCGAUGUUGUUUUAGUCGGUCGCGACGAUAUCAGCGACUACAACCCCGAACAAAUACUACCGGAGCUUCCCAAUGUCAUAGAGAAGAUCCGAGAUUGGCUGCAGCCAACUGCAUACGAUAUCGCUGGAGGAGAAUACCGCAAGCACAUAUCCUCCCAUGUUGCUGGUACAGGGGCCUGGCUCACCUCGAGUGAUGCGUAUCAGAAAUGGCUGCAAAGUGAUGAGCAUGGGCUGCUCUGGAUCAAGGGGAUCCCAGGAUCGGGCAAAUCGGUCAUGGCAGCAAAAUUGAUCCAUGACCUUGCCCAAUCAAAUCCAACGUCUCCAGUGUUAUUAUUCUUCUUCCGCCAAAUCAUUGAUGCGAAUCAUGAGCCCCGAGCUCUCUUGCGAGAUUGGUUUGACCAAAUACUAAGUUACAGUCCGCCUCUGCAGAAACAGCUCAAGGCUUAUGUAGAAGCGGGUCGGUCUCUUGAGAGUAUAUCGAUGGAAGAUUUAUGGAAGCACUUGCGCCUAGCCUUUGCCAGCUUGCCUGACAAGGUCUUUUGUGUCGCUGAUGCACUCGAUGAAAUAGAUCGAGGCCAUGAAGAAUUUAUACAAACGCUUGGAAAGCUGGGCCUCUGGCGGCCAAAGACAGUCAAAGUGUUGAUCACCAGCCGCCCAGUUCCCAGUGUCGAAGUGCCUCUGAGAACGGUUCACGGCCUCCAAAUUCGGUUGCAAGAAACCUUGGUGGAUAUGGAUAUCUCAACAUAUGUGCACUUCGUGUUAGCAAAGUCUGCUAUCCCAAAAACCGAGUGGGAUACUAUUGCAAAUGCCGUGCCAGGUCGUGCAAAUGGCCUCUUUCUCUACGCUAAGCUGGCUAUGGAUGCUUUCAUCGAGCCAGGCGCAAAUAUCGCUACAGUGCUUUCGAAGCUUCCAUCAGACUUGAACAGCUUGUAUACCAAUCUACUGAAUGAGCAUGCCACAAGGUCCGGGGUGCCAGAGGUUAUCCAGCAUCUCAUCUUACAAGCCGUCACCCACGCCACUCGUCCACUGCGGCUGCUUGAACUUGCUGAAAUGAUUAGGGUCAGCCGUCCUGACGGUGCCGUGCGAGAUAUAAAAGCCACCAAAGAGCUUAUUAGGGCUGCCUGUGGGCCACUCUUGGAAAUCCUGCCAGAUGAGACAAUCUCAGUGAUUCACCACUCCUUUACUGAGUAUCUUAAAGGAAAUACCCGAUCAGAUGAGAGUCAUCCUGCAGGAUACCCCGUGCUAGAACCGGGAUCGACACAUGCUCAGCUUGCGCUUCAAUGUCUCCUCUAUCUACAAUCUGGGUGCCUAGACAUGGUUAUAAUCGACACCCGAACAGGCACAAGCAAAGUAUCCGACGAAGAAAUCCAGUUGAGGCUUAAAUAUCCGCUGUUUGAGUAUGCAGUCAACAAUUGGCACCUGCAUAUCGUAAAGUCAGAGGCUGCUGGCCAAGACCAGACCGAAAUCAACGCCAGGCUUCAUCAGCUGUUCGAGCAGGGGAAUAACUUGGCGGGAUGGCUUCAGAUGAGGUGGCCCGGCAGAGGCUUAGGAGCCAAAAAAGUUACGCAGCUCCACGUUGCUGCUAAAACAGGUCUGAUAUCAUAUACCAAAGAGCUAUUGGCCAGUUUUGACCCAAAUGUGCGCGAUUUUUACGAUAGGACACCAGUCUGGUGGGCUGCUGUGGAAGGACACGCAAAAGUCAUUUCCAUCUUGGUGGACGCCGGCGCGGAUCCAGAUGUGCCAGAUAAUGUCACCGGAAUAAAACCUCUGCAUAGGGCAGCUCACAGCAACCACUCCGCGGCUGUAACGGCAUUAUUAAAGGCCGGCGUCGAUCCUCUGACACCAAAAAUUAUUGAUAACAAAUGGCUUGUGUCCUUUUACUAUUCAGAAACUGGGGUGACGCCGUUAAUGUUUGCCUGCGGUGGUCAUUUAGAGGCAGUAGAAGCGUUUCUGCCAUUUAUUGGAGAAAAUAUUAAUCUUGUGCAUCGAGCAUUGACGUGGGCAGUGGAAAAGGGAUCAUCAGCAGUCGUUUCGAGGCUUCUCCAGCAUCCGGGAGUAGAUGUCAAUGCAGUUGUCGAAGGCAAAACGGCGUUAUAUAUAGCUUGCAGGGAAUUACACACCGCGGUGGUGGCAAUCCUUUUGCAGGCUGGCGCACUCCCUUCCAUCCAUUACACUGCUGGAAGUGAUGGGGCUCUUCAUCGGACAUAUGAAGAGGAUAAUUCCACAGAACUGAAUUGCCUUUAUGCUCUAUGUGGCCAUACACACGUUAUUUAUGGCGUCAAAGAUUAUAAAGAACAGCAACGAGCAAUAUUUACACUAUUGAGAGAGGCUGGAGUUGAUGUCAGCUUUCGAAAUAGAAUAGGUGAAACUCUUUUGCAUAUCGCAACCGGGUCUCCAGUUCUUGUGCGGUUACUACUUGAGGCUGGGGCCGAUGCAAAUGCUGUCAAUCAAUUUGGCCAAACACCUCUUCACAUCAUGUCUAACCAUAGAAAUUCGUCACUCGAUUCGAUGGUCUUGCUAAUUGAGGAAGGGCAUGCAAAUAUUAAUGCGGUGCAAACAGAUGGAGCGACACCUCUUCACUCUCUGUUGGGGUUGUAUAUCAAGGACAUUGUGAAGAAAUUCCUGGGAUAUGGACCAAACUGCAACAUUACAGACAAAGAAGGCAACAGCCCGCUACAUGUUUUCAUGCAACACUAUAUGACAGACAUUGAUGUUCUCAAAAUGUUGCUUGAAAAGGGCGCAAAUCCAAAUGCAAAGAACCACGAAGGGCUAACCCCUCUGCUCUGCCUUCACAACGCCAACUUGGCGUUUACAGAAGUUAUCGAGUUAUUUCAAGACGCUGGUGCUGAUAUUCAUGAAGUGGACAGAGAUGGGAAUAAUCUUCUUUUUCGCCUUCUCGCCCACCGUACCGACAUAUUCGGGGAAGAGUCACACAAAGAGUUUAUAUAUCUACUCGACCAAGGGCUUUCACCGUCUCAGCGCAACUACCGAGGCCAAACGGCUCUUCAUAGGGCAAUCAUGCUUUAUACAACUGCGGAACCGUACGGAGGGCCGAAACAGCUCAAUAAAAAUAGGCUCGAUUUCUUGAUCAACUUAAAUCUUGACGUCAAGGCUGUCGACUACAAGGGAAAUAACCUACUCCAUACACUUGCUAUGCGUUACGACAUCCACGGCUCCUACACAGGGGGCUAUAAACUGAUUUCGCUGUGGAAAAAACUCAUUAACAUCGGCUUAAAUCUAGAGCAGAAAAAUCAUGCUGGACGCACGCCGCUGCAUAUUUUGUGCACAAGCACAGUCCCUCAAGGCGUUAUUCCGGAAGUGCCUACUCAAAGUGAAGUCAUGCCACUGAGUUUUGUCAUGUCGCGAGUCAAAAAUCUUGAUGUCCCCGAUAACGAUGGGGUUACACCUCUCCAUAUAGCUGUUACUCGAAGCGAGACAUUCUCAAAGCAGCUCCUUGACGCUGGUGCAAAUCCUCUGGUUUACACUCAUGAAGGGCUGACACCACUCCAUCUCGCUGCACUAAGCAGGCAGAGUAAUAUAGUCGGCCUACUUCUGAGCAUCGCUUUGGACAAGAAGGCUACGGAAUCAGAGGCAGCAGUGGGAGUAAAUGCUCAAAUGCUUGAUGGUGACAAAGUUUUCACGCCACUGUUCUAUGCAGUUAUGUCGGGAAGACCAGAAACUGUUACACUUCUUCUUGAUGCUGGAGCUGAUGUUAAAAUGGGCAACAUCUUUGAAGCUUGUCUUGAGUUUGAAGAAGAGAUUCAUAUCCAGAAUCAACGCCAAUCAGCACGGAGCAUUCGGAAAAUAAGCCAGAUGCAUCGUUGGAAGUCUUCCGAACUGUUUCUUGGCGCCGAGCCUAGCUCAUCUCACCAAGAAGCUCUUGAUUUACGGUUAGACGACACAGCAAGGCUUGAAGAAAUAAUGGAUAUGCUCACCAACUCUGGAGCUGAUCCCUCUCUCAUCGAGAGUGGCAGAGAAAGCUACCAUGGUAGCAUUAUUAAAAGAGCCAUCAAUCAGAACAAAUACUACACGGCUGGUUGUUUGAUACGUGUUCUGAGGAAAAAGUCCCCCAGCUUAGAGACUGACAGAUACGAGGAUGACCUCGCAAGGUUAACUGAAACUAUGCACCAAUAUCGAAAACAGGGUUCAGUGCAAGCUUUGAGACUAUUGAAAUCCCAUAUUGUCAAGAGUCAGGGCGAAUACGAGACAAUAUCAUCAAAAGUCCUCACUUGGUGUUUGGCGCAGAGGGAGUACCACCUUAUCGAAGAAAUUUCUCAGUUAGGGGUCAGCUUCCUCCCAAUUUCCAUGGAAGAUGAACACUGUAAUUUAUAUCAUCUCAUACGCCUUGGCUUGGUAUCACUCUUUGAAAGCAUAGCGUCCCGUGAAACGGAGCUGGUGUUAAGCAAGGGUGACUGGCACGCUUUCGGAGACUCAACACGACCUGGACUAUGGCACGCAAAGAGAGACGACACAACUUCUCAACUCACGCCUUUUAUCCUCGUUGCAGUUCAGCGAGCGUCGCCUAACAUGGGCAUUGUGAGGUUACUAGUUGAAAAAUUCGCAGUGGACAUCGCCGAAAGCGACUCUUUGGGCGAAUGUGCUCUAUUUCACGUCGUGCGAGGAAAUCACUGGUGGCAUGUCCACCAAGCACUGCCAUACCUGCUUGAUAUGGGUGCCGAUAUUAGCAUGCGUGAUGAAAAGGGUCAGACGCCAUUGCAUAUGGCUCUUCAAGGAGACGCCAAAGUUCCUGGUCCUUACAAUUGGGACGCAGCCAAGAUAUUGAUUCAAAGAGGGGCCGAUGUCAACGCAGUUGAUAGCAAAGGUCAGAGUUGUCUCGCAUAUGCACGACACAACGCUGAUAUGAUUAAAUUUCUUAUCGAACACGGCGCAACUGUGAUGGUAGAUUCCAUCUUUGCUGCAAUUGACUCUCGCAAUGCUGAAGUGCUUCGCGCACUUUUAUCCGGAGGCCUGGAUCCAAAUACACGUCGAGAUAAGCUACCGCUCGAGACAGAUGAGGGGUCUCAGAAUAAUCCCAUAGAGCCUCAUGAAGAAUUUCCGCUCUAUUAUGCCGCCAGCAAACUACGGCCGCAUUAUAGUCCGUCAGACAAAAGCUAUCGGGAUGCUUCAGAAGCAAUGGAAGUCGUUCAAGUGUUACUAGACCAUGGUGCCGAUCCGUUUGCAAAGUUUUUGAAGCCUGUUAUACACGUGGAAAAAAGGUCGGAUUUCCCAGCGGCAAUCGAUACUUCCGUACAAGUACCGGAGGGCUAUGUGGAGUGUACUCUUCUGCAUGAAGUGCUCUUGAAUGGCUAUAUAGCGGAUACAUUUCUUCAGUUCGCCGGCUUGGAUGUCCACCAUCGGGAUGCGAAAGGACGCACUCUUCUUCAUAUGGUAUGCGAAAGUAGCAAAGGCCCAGACCACAUCAUCGGGUCACAUGUCGAAGAUGUGAAUCACAUGCCCGAAGAGCGCGUUCAUUCUUUUCAACAACUGCUGUCUCUGGGCUCAGACUUGACAGCCCAAGAUAACUUUGGGCACAAUGUUUUACAUUACAUGCUUGUUGGCGAAAAGAAGAUUGAGCACCGCGUAUUCGCGAAAUUUUUGGCUUAUACUUUACAAAAUGCUCCCGAAUUGUUGAAUCAAGGAAAUUGUAAUGGUGAAACUCCCUUACACCAUGCCAUGAUCCGCGCCGUGGACAGAAGCGAUAGAAAUGAUACUAGUGAAGCAGAAAUUUUACUGGAAGCCGGAGCAGAUCCUAUGAUUAUCAGCAAGAGGGGAGACACCAUGCUACACAUACUAGGUAAAGGUAUUGCCAUGGCAGGCUUACGUACGCUCUUCGAGUCUCUAGCUGAACGUGGCAUCGACAUAAACGCUCGCAACGCUCGUGGCGAAACAGCAUUAUUCUCGUUCUAUGACAAUCCCAAGACCCUUGAAGAUAUGUGGAUUCUGAAUGAGGAAGAUGGUGCUACUGGACAAUAUGUCAAACCCUUGCUAGAAAAGUUUGGAGGCGACUUUUCUGUGAGAGAUAAUAAAGGCAGAGGGCUGUUACACGCUGCUGCGAGAGGAGAUGUUGAGCGGUUCCAGGAGCUUUUGGAGAUGGGCCUUGAUCCAAUGAUGGAAGACGAUGCUCAACAAACAGCAAUUGAUGCAGCUGCUGCGUGUGGUAACCGAGAUAUUCUAGAGCUGUUUGAGAAGAAGAAGUAAAUGCUCUAGUAGAUUACGAACGAGCCUCAACAAGCGUGAAACG